AUGACUGAUCACCGGAAACCGAAGAGGUUCAAAAAUCUGUUUUCAUUUUUAUCACCACUUGUAGUUUCAUCAAGUGAUAAUGUUGAUGAGGUAGAGGCUGAGAUUGGAAGUGUGAGCGUGAGUAGACUAGUGACCGAUAAUUCUGUUAAUGAUAUUGGUUUGAACUUUUCUCCAUCCAUUCCAUUAGAAGAGAGGUCUGAAAGUUUUGAUAUGAAUUCUCUUCAGCGUGAUCUGGGAUUACAGCAACCUAUAUCAUCACAUGCUAUGGAUAUGUGUGACCGUAUUCGAAAAGCUUAUGUGGUAUUAGGACCUUAUCAACCUUGCUCAAGUUUUUACCCACUUUCAUUUGAUGGAGGUCAAGCAUUUACUGUCGAUGGGUUUAAUGGAUGGAAGAAUGUUAGUUCUAAGAAAUCUGGCAUGAUCUUUCACAUGGGAGGCAUCAAUUCCCCAUAUAGUAUAGCCAUGCAUCAGUGGGAGUCAUUGAGAAACCCAUCUCAUCACAUUGAGCAAUUGAUUAGUGCACAAUCAUCGCAAGAAAUAGCAGAUAACCGACUCCGGCUUAUUACUAGUAUAGAAAGUGUAAGGCUAUUGGUACACCAAGGAUGUACUUUUAGAGGACAUGAUGAAUCAGCUAAUUCUUCUAAUUGUGGAAAUUUUGAUGCUGUUGUGAAUUCUUUUGGAAGAGUGAGUUUAGAAGUUUCUAGAGUUACAAAAAAUGCUCAUGGGAAUGCCAAGUAUACUGCUCCAAGUAUCCAAAAAGAGAUUGUAAACAUACUUGGUAACAAUGUUAGGAAAAAUAUUCGAGAUGAAGUAGGAGUUGGCAAAUUUUGUAUCUUUGUUGAUGAAGCGACAUUCAACUUUAAGAGUAUUAGAAAAGAAGAAAGUGUUGAAUUAGUGGCUGUUGGGACACUUAAGACAGGUUUAGGGCUUAAUCAGUCUUCCACUUUGCAACGAGCAAGGGCUACUCGUUGGGGUUCACAUCUUCGCUCUAUUUCAAGUCUAAUCAAGUUGUUUGGAGUUACCCGGACAACUUGUAGAAAUUUGAUUAUAAGGGGACCAAAUAAAGUACAAGAUGAAGAAUGUGGUAUUUGUAAGGCAUUGAAGCGCUUUGAUUUUGUGAUUUGCUUGCAUUUGAUGUAUGAUGUCAUGAUGAUUACUGAUUUUCUUUGUCAAUCAUUGCAAAAGAAAUCUAUAGACAUCUUGAAUACUCUCCGCUUUCUUUCACUCACAAAGUCAAAACUUCAAGAUAUGAGAGAUAAUGGUUGGGAUGCUUUGAUUAUGAAGGUCACAUCAUUUUGUUGUGAGUAUGAUAUUCUUAUUCCAUAUAUGUCUGCUUCUUACAAGAAAGACAUGAGGGCUUGUAAACAAGAUAUCACAAUUGAGCAAUUUUAUCGAGUCAAUGUAUUUUAUGUUGUGAUUGACUUUCAGUUGGCAGAGUUGAAUAGUAGAUUUCUUGAUGAAUCUGUGGAGCUUCUUGUUCUUAGUACUACAUUUGAUCCACAUGAUAACUUUCAAUCAUUUAGAAGUGAAGAUGUUCACAAUCUUGCUUUGAGAUUUUAUCCUGCUGAUUUUACUUCAUAUGAGUUGUUUGCUUUAGAUAUGAAGUGCGGGUAUUUUCUAGCAGAUAUUCAGAUGGAUUCAAGAUUUGCCAACAUAACAUCUGUAUCUGAUUUGUGUCGGCGGUUAGUUGAGUCAAGAAAAUCAGCAUUAUUUCCUAUGAUUUAUAGAUUGAUUUGUCUUGUUUUGACUAAGCCAGUUUCUACAACAACAACGGAGAGAGCAUUUUCAUCUAUGAACAUCAUAAAAAACAAACUUCGAAACAGAAUGGAAGAUGAAUUUCUUGAUGAUUUAAUGGUUUUCUACACUGAAAAAGAACUUACCAAUAGCAUUGAUAAUGAUUCUGUGAUUACAGAGUUUGAAUUGAGCGGGUCUCAUAUGGUACGUUUUAGGUAG